CGGAGAUGGGUAAAUCGGAAUUGAAGCGUAAAAAGGCUCAGUCCGAAGUGAAACCUGAGGAGGAGCUUGAAAAAGAAAUUGCUGUAGUGCAGCAGGACGGAAUUGUUGGCGAAUCAGCCCCCGAGAAAAAAAAGAAAAAAAAAGACAAGAGUGUCAGUGACCAAGAGAAGGAAGAAAGAGAGGAUGCUUCUGUAGAAGAGAACACUAAGGAAAUUGAGAAUGAGGAAAAUGAAAAUGAGGCCAACGAAGAAAUUCAUGGAACAGCCAAAUUGAAUGGAGGUAUCCAAGGCGAGGUUGAAAACUUUUCUGAGCUUCCUCUUUCUGAAAAUACACAAAAGGCUAUCACAGAUAUGGCUUUUGAGAAAAUGACCGAAGUGCAAGCUCGAACGAUUCCUCCUUUACUUGCUGGUCGCGAUGUCUUAGGUGCUGCUAAGACUGGUAGCGGUAAGACACUUGCUUUCUUAAUCCCAGCUAUCGAAAUGCUUUAUGCAUUGAAAUUCAAGCCUCGUAACGGCACUGGUGUUAUCAUUGUAUCUCCAACUCGUGAAUUAGCUCUUCAAAUUUUUGGUGUUGCCAAGGAAGUUUUGAAAUACCAUCAUCAAACAUACGGUAUCGUCAUUGGAGGUGCUAAUCGUCGUGCUGAGGCAGAGAAACUCGUUAAGGGUGUCAAUUUAUUGGUGGCCACUCCUGGUCGUUUGCUGGAUCAUUUGCAAAAUACCAAAGGAUUCGUCUAUCGUAAUCUCCGUUCUCUUGUUAUCGAUGAGGCUGAUCGUAUUUUGGAAAUCGGUUUCGAAGACGAAAUGCGUCAAAUCGUCAAAGUGCUUCCUUCCGAAGAUCGUCAAACCUCAUUGUUUUCUGCCACCCAAACUACUAAAGUUGAGGACUUAGCCAGAAUCUCUUUAAGACCUGGUCCUCUAUACAUUAAUGUUGACUCCUCGAAAGACACUUCAACCGUUGAAGGUUUGGAACAGGGUUACGUGGUUGUCGAAUCCGACAAACGAUUCCUUCUUUUAUUUUCUUUCUUGAAGAGAAACUUAAAGAAAAAGGUGAUCGUUUUCAUGUCCUCUUGUGCAUCUGUGAAGUAUUUGGCUGAACUUUUGAACUACAUCGACUUACCUGUUUUAGAUCUUCAUGGUAAGCAAAAGCAACAGCGCCGUACGAAUACCUUUUUUGAAUUUUGUAAUGCCGAAAGAGGUAUUUUGUUGUGUACAGAUGUCGCUGCCCGUGGUCUUGAUAUCCCUGCAGUAGAUUGGAUUGUGCAAUAUGAUCCUCCAGAUGAUCCUCGUGAUUACAUUCACCGUGUUGGUCGUACUGCUAGAGGUAAUCAAAAGAGAGGUAAAUGUUUGAUGUUCCUUACCCCUUCGGAACUUGGCUUCUUGCGCUACUUAAAGAAUGCUAGAGUACCCUUGAACGAAUACGAGUUUCCUGCCAACAAGAUCGCUAACGUCCAAUCUCAGUUGGAAAAGCUUGUAUCUAAAAAUUACUAUUUGCAACAAUCUGCUAAAGAUGGAUACCGUGCAUACCUUCAAGCUUAUGCUUCUUAUUCUCUGAAAUCGAUUUUUGACAUCAAUAAACUGGAUUUGGCAAAGGUAGCCAAAUCGUUCGGUUUUGAUCAUCCACCUAAUGUUAAUAUUACCAUUGGUGCAAGUGGACGCACUGACAAGAAAGAACGUCGUGGAGGUUAUAAAAACAGCGGAAAUGUUUAUUCGAAGCAGCGUUCUUCUAGCAUGUCGCAAGACACAGGUCGCAAUUGGAGUCGUUGAGCAACUAAUUAACCUAUCAUUACGUUCAAUGAGUUAUAUAUAAUACACAUUUUUGGAGUACAAAAAGUUAUUUAAUGGGCGUUUCACUCAAUGUGAAAAAUUGGGAAAUAAACUUGUUUCAUGUUUUGGUAAAUACGGGAUUAAAAAUACAAUACUUUUUUUCUACGAAUAUCGUCUGAAAUUUUAUGGAAUAGUACUACUGUAAGCUUUAAGCGUUAUAAAAAUGCAUCAUAUAAACUAAGAAAGGCAUAGUGUAAACUAAG